UUUAAUUCAGUUCAAUUCAACAAAUUUCAAACGCACCUUAGGGGCCCAAAAACAUCCAAAUAAAAAAUUGAUGUUAAAUUUCAAUAACUCGUGAUAGAUUGAAAUUUAGUAAAAAUUAAAAAUUAAAAAAAUUUCCACCGAAUUAGAAGGAGAGAGAGCAAAAAAUAUAGGAACACAAAGUGGAUUGGGGAAGAAGAAAACCUUGAAAUAAUUAAGCGAACUCAACCCAAUUAUGCAGCAAUUAGCACUUUCUCGAACAACUUCCUCAAGAAUGAUUCUGUCUUUUGCAAGAGUUUUGAGCACUUCUCCUCUUUUAUCUCUUCUCCGAAAUUCAAGCGAAAUUUUCAGAAAUAAUUACAAUGCCAAGUUUUAUGGGACAUUUGCUACGCGUUCAGUUUGGCAGCAGCAGGAGCUCUAUUACACCAAACAUAGCAAAUGCAACUUCACUGUCGACUUGCCUAGCAUAUCUCCUAAAGAUUCGAGCAAGAACUGCAAAAAAAAUUUCAGUUUCAAUGUAGCAAGGCACAUCUUGCUAGAUGGCUCAAAUAAGACACCUCAAGAGAACCUUUUCUGCUCUCCUGUCUCGACAAGUGCUGUUUUAAACAUGCUAAUUCCAGGAUUCACAGGACUAACCCGUGAUCAAUUUGUUGAUUUGUUUUGUUUGAAAGAGAAGGAAUUGAACAAGUCUUCCAUGAAGCUCCUUGAUGUUGUAAGGCCAUUCAAGGGUGGAGAUGGGCUUAGUAUCUCGUUCAGUAAUAGCGUUUGGGUUGACCAACAAUGUCCACUAAUUCAGUCAUAUAAGGAGCUGCUUGAAAAUGUCCAUGAUGCUGAUGUUAAGAGUGUUGAUUUGUUGUACAAUGCUGAAGAAGCGAAGGAAGAAGUCAACUCAUGGAGCAGGACAAAAACUGAAGGGAUGGUCGAAACUAUUCUGCCAGAAACCUUGUACUACAAUGACACGAUUGUGAUUUUGGCGAAUGCAUUACACUUUGAGUUGGAGAAUUCAGAUGAAACAUUAAUGGAUCCUUCAGGAGCGCAACGCUCACUGUAUUAUUGUGGAGAGUUUGAGGGUUCUGAGGUUCUUAGAAUGCCAAUAAAAGGAGGCAAAAAGAUAGCAGAACAAGAUCCUCGAAGCUUCUCAAUUUACAUCCUUGUUCCAUCGGAGAAAACUGACCUUUCCAAUGGGAGAUCUCUUGUUGGAAGAAGAAAGAUAAGCCUCUCACAAUUCUUAGAAGAAAUGAAAAUGGGCACAAAAGAUUUCCAGAAGAAGGUCAAUAGACAUAAAAAGGAAAUCUCAGAUUUUUCAUUCCCAACUUUCAACAUUGAAAGUGAGAUGUCAUUGUCAAGUAAAAUGCAACAUUUAGGCUUGACAUUACCAUUUCAGGCAGGCAAGAAUGAGCUCAUAAGGUUUAUUGACUCUCCUCUUUCGGAACUAUUGUAUGUCACAGAUGUUACCCAGAAGACUCGAAUUGAAACUAAUGCGAGGGGAACAUCUUUUUCUGUUGUGACUUACACAACUCUCAAUGGCCCUGCACAUCGUUUUCCAGCAACAACACCUUCAGAGCAGAAAUUUGUGGCUGAUAAUCCCUUUCUUUUCAUGACUCAGGAUGAUUUCUCUGGUGCUGUUGUUUCUGUUGGUACUGUGCUGAGUACUGAUUUGUAGACUAGUCUUUUAGCUUGAUCAACUGAUACAGUAAGACCAGAUCAAAUCAAAUCUUAAGUACAGUACAUAUAUAAGGGAAAUUUUGUCAAAUUUUUACAAAUUUCAAUUAGAGGUAUACAUAUAUGUUCUGUCUAUCAUAUGGUUCAUUCAGUCAAUAUACAUAGCUGAUUUAGCAUUCAAUUUUGUGCCAGCAUCUUAAUUCUUUCCAUUGAAGUUUUACUCUAUUCGAUUCUGAUUUAUGAUUCAUUUAUAUAAUGGUGCAGUUCUCUGUUUAAAUUGACUUGCAUGCAACCAACUGAUGUUAGCAUGAGUGGUUAAGGGCCUCUUGCUCCUUAACCAAGGUCUUGGGAUGAAGCCUUGGGAAACUCCUUGUAGUAGUACCACCAACAACAACAACAACCGGAAAAAAAAAAAAAAAAAAAAAAAAAAACUUGCAUGCAAAUAGUCAAGUCAUAUAUGUCUAUUACCUUACAUCUACCACAUACUAUCAAUACUUUAUGAUUAGCUAGUUCGUAUAAUAGU